AUGCCCGGUGUGGCAUGGCGGCGGUGGCGGUUGCUCAUCGUUGCAGCUGGGCUGGUGCUGCUGAUUGGCGCCUGCGCAGCAGCCGCGGCAGGGGUAGACACGCCCGUGAAAGCGGCGCUUGAGCCUGCAGCUGCAGCCGCGGCAGAGGACGUGUCCGUUGAGGGGGACCUUGGGCCGCGUUUUGCUGUCUACAAUCAG